GGACGAGAGACGGAGACAGGAGGAGGACGAGCGGCGCAAACGGGAGGAGGAGAUCCGCGCGCAUCCGAGACCUGUCCAACCAGGACGAGCAGUACAACGCUUCAUGAAUGGGGGGGGACCGGAGACCCCGCAGCAAGUCCAGGGACGGGGACCACAGGAAGUCUUCGGGGGAAAGGGGGCCUGGACUCCUCAGGAAACCUGUACCAGUACGACAACUACGAGGAGGUGGCGAUGGACACGGACAGCGAGACGGGCUCGCCAGUGCCGUCUCCCACACACACACUGGCGGUGGAGGAUCCGGGACACGCCCCCACCUGGCAGCCUAUAGAGCGGACUUCUAUCAUCCCUUCCUGCCCCCCCUGUUGGACGGCGGUCCCCCGCCGCUGCCCCCCCUCCCCCCUCCACCAGACGAGCAGGAGCCCCCCCCCAAACCUCCUUUUGCUGACGAGGAGGAGGAGGAGGAGAUGCUGCUCCGGGAGACGUGUCUCAUGUCCAUGGCCCACAAGAGGGUGACCCCCACCGAGCAGAGCUCCAGCGGACCUCCGUCUCCGAGCGCCGUCCCCCCCGUCGUGGAGGUCCAGCAUGUCCCUCGGGGGAACCUGAGCACCGUCAGUCUGAAUCUGGUGUCUCCGGCCCAGAGGAAGUUCUCCAGAGGACCCCCGUCUGGCAGGGCGCCCCUGAUGCUGCCCCGCCACAAGGCCGUGGUGGUCUCUCUGGGGGACUCGGACGACAGCGACUCGGACGGGGACGCCGGGUCCUCGCAGGCCGUGUUCGGAGGUCUGGAGUUCAUGAUCAAGGAGGCUCGGCGGACGGUGGAGGCAGAAGCCGAGAGCGGCCUUCUGCUGGAACGGCGGCGGAAGGCGGCGGUCUCCAGCAGGACGUCUGCUCAGCGCAGCGCCGCUGUUGUUAUUUACAGAGUUCUGCGCAUUUGUUAG